CACCGGCCCGGCGUGACAGCGGGCCUAGGUCUGCAGCCGCGAUGGCUUCGGCGACUGUGGAGACCUUCGUGACCAAACAGUUGCAGCUGCUGGAGCUCGAGAGGGACGCGGAGGUGCAGGAGCGCAGGUUCUGGCAGGAGAACAGCUCUCUGAAGGAACUCCAGAGCCAGGGUGUGUGUUUGCUGAAGCUGCAGGUAUCCAGCCAGUGCACGGGGCUGUGUGGACAGCUUGUGGUCACCUUCGAGCCUGGCCGAUGUGGCUCUGCACCAGUCCUUCCCAGUAACAGCUUCACUUCUGGUGACAUCGUGGGUCUAUAUGAUAACGCUGCUAAUGAAGGUGGUCAGCUGGCCUCGGGGAUCCUGACCCGCAUCACCCAGAGGUCAGUCACAGUGGCCUUUGAUGAAUCCCAUGAUUUCCAGUUGAGCCUGAACCGAGAGAAUUCCUACAGACUGUUAAAGCUUGCCAAUGACGUCACUUAUAAGCGAAUGAAAAAGGCUCUGAUUACCCUGAAGAAGCACCACGUCGGGCCUGCGUCCUCGCUCAUUGAGGUCCUGUUUGGUGGAUCUGCCCCAAGUCCUGCCCGUGACACAUCCACGCUGACAUUCUACAACACUGCACUGGACCCCUCCCAGAAAGAAGCAGUCUCGUUUGCACUGGCCCAGAAAGAACUUGCCAUCAUCCACGGACCUCCUGGCACUGGGAAAACCACGACUGUGGUGGAGAUAAUCCUGCAAGCUGUGGGACGAGGCCUCAAGGUUCUGUGCUGCGCUCCCUCUAAUGUUGCCGUGGACAAUCUGGUGGAGCGCCUGGCCCAGUGGAAGCAGCGGGUUCUGCGCCUCGGGCACCCUGCCCGCCUCCUGGAGUCCGUUCAACAGCACUCCCUCGAUGUGGUUUUGGCACACGGUGACAGUGCUCAGAUCCUGGCAGACAUCAGAAGGGACAUCGACCAGAUCUUCGUAAGAAGCAAGAAGACCCAGGAUAAGAGAGAGAAAAGUAAUUUUCGAAAUGAAAUAAAGCUGCUGAGAAAAGAGCUGAAGGAGAGGGAAGAAGCAGCAAUGGUCCAGAGCCUCACUUCCGCCCACGUGGUCCUCGCCACCAACACCGGCGCGUCUCCUGACGGCCCUCUGAAGCUGCUGCCUGAGAGCCACUUUGACAUGGUGGUCAUUGAUGAGUGCGCUCAGGCCCUGGAGGCCAGCUGCUGGAUCCCUCUGCUGAAGGCCAAGAAGUGCAUCCUGGCUGGAGAUCACAAGCAGCUGCCGCCCACCACGAUCUCUCACAAGGCAGCACUGGAGGGGCUGUCGCUCAGCCUGAUGGAGCGCCUGGCUGAGGAGCGUGGUGCCAGCGUGGUGCGAACACUGACCAUGCAGUACCGCAUGCACCAAGCUGUCAUGGGCUGGGCCUCGGACGCCAUGUACCACGGGCAGCUCACAGCUCACCCGUCUGUGGCAGGGCGCCUCCUGAGGGACCUCCCAGGUGUGGCUGCCACGGAGGAGACAAGUAUCCCCCUGCUGCUUGUGGAUACUGCUGGCUGUGGGCUGUUUGAGCUGGAGGAGGAUGACAGUCAGUCAAAGGGGAACCCAGGUGAAGUCCGCCUCGUCACCUUGCACAUCCAGGCUCUGGUGGAUGCUGGUGUCCAAGCAGGUGACAUUGCUGUCAUUGCACCCUACAACUUCCAGGUGGACUUACUCAGACAGAGCCUUGCACACAAGCACCCCGAGCUUGAAAUUAAGUCUGUGGAUGGCUUCCAAGGCCGAGAGAAGGAGGCCGUGAUUCUGUCCUUUGUCAGGUCCAACAGGAAAGGUGAAGUUGGUUUUCUGGCUGAGGACCGGCGGAUCAAUGUUGCUGUGACCCGUGCACGGCGCCAUGUGGCGGUCAUCUGUGACUCCCACACUGUCACCAACCAUGCCUUUUUGAAGACCCUGGUGGAUUAUUUCACACAGCAUGGGGAAGUCCGCACAGCCUUUGAGUAUCUCGAAGACAUUGUCCCUGAAAAUUAUGCCCACGAGGCUUCUCAGGGCCACAGUCGAGCUGCGAAGCCCCGAGGCCCUGCUUCCUUGGCCAGGAAGGCUGGAAGUGGGUGGCAGGAGGGUGGCCGGGAGGCCGCAGCAGCUGCCAGGCAGGACCGAAGGAAGCUGGGCACAAAGCCUUUGAACUCUGAAGCCAAUUCCCAACCCGGCCUCAAUGUGGGAGGACCAGAUGGUACAGAGCGCAUCAGGGCUGUGAUUGCGGAGUUUGUAGCCAGCAAGGAGACAAAGUUGGGGUUCCCCGCAUCCCUGAAUUCCCAUGACAGGCUGCGGGUCCACCAGAUAGCCGAGGAGUACGGGCUGCAGCAUGUCAGUGCUGGGGAAGGGAAGGCUAGGUAUAUCACUGUGACCAAGAGAAGCCCUGCUCCCCUCCCCCCGACGCCCCCCAACCACGUGUGGCUGGAGCAGCCAUUCGGAGAGCAGAGCAGCCAGGCCCCCCUGGAUCAGAAGGCACUGCAACUGGAGAGGCCACAGAGGGAGCAAGGUGGCCAGGAGCAGCCAACCAAGAAGGGGCAACUGGUGGCGGGCUCAGGGCCGCAGAAGCUGCCACAAAAGAAGAAAAAGAAGGAAGCAAAGGCACCUCCGGCCAGAGCUUUGCCUGCUGAGGAUGACUUUGACGCCCUGGUGUCAGCUGCCAUUAAGGCUGACAACACCUGCAGCUUUGCCAAGUGCUCAGCCAGCAUCGUGACCCUGGGCCAGCUCUGCCAGCUCUGUGGCCGCCGCUACUGCCUAAGCCACCACCUGCCUGAGAUUCAUGGCUGCGGUGAGAAGGCUCGUGCCCAUGCCCGGCAGAGAAUCAGCCGGGAAGGGGUCCUCUAUGCAGGCAGUGGUACCAAGGACAGGUCCCUGGACCCAGCCAGGAGGGCCCAGCUGCAGAGGAGGCUGGACAUGAAGCUGGGUGAGCUCAACAGCCAGAGGACGAGUAAGAGGAAGGAGAAGGGGAAGGGGACGUGAGCGUGUAUCCUCCAUGGGCCUGGGAGGGACAGCAGCCCAAGGAAGAACUGCAGCCACGCCGCAUCAGGCCCAUGCUCUGUGUCCACCAGGCCCUGCGGGUAGAGGCCUGGGCCAGGGACGAGCUUUCCCAGACUGGCAGAGGUGAAGGAAAGUGCCCUGAUGCAUCAGUUGGUGGCCCCUGGCCCGUCCUGCUUGGUCUGGUGCGUGGGCCAGGACGCACUGUGCGUCCCACCUUUGCUCCUCCCAGUCCUGGCCUGUGGAUCUUGGUAAGGUCAAGUUUCCUUGGGCUGUACCAGAGUGACUGCCCACCCCACCUGCCACCUCAAUACCUGAGGAUGAGGUGACCGGAGGGUGAGGAAGCCCAGACCCUGAAUGUUACACAGAGAAGUUCGUUUGGCCCCUCGUUUUGUGUGGUUGCCUUCCUUGUCCUCCUCAUUCCCUGUCCCUGCAGGGCAGCGGGCACAACUCCUGUGAGCCCAGUGGUUGAUGAUGUUAGGAUGGCUCUGGCCUGUGUGCCCCUCUGUGCCGGGCUGACCCUGCAACUCCUGGGAAGGAGUUGCCCAGAUCAUUGGGGUCACUGACACCCAUGGACCCAGGGCCCUGCAAGCAUCCUUUGCUAGUUCUGUGUAUGAGCACCUCCAAGGAAUAAAGGACUUAAAGUGAAGUAAGCAUGCAUAUGUCUGUGGGAUACCCAACA